CGCCUCUCUCUUCGAAAAUGGCAAGUGGUGCGUUCUUACUCGGGAUCUUCUCUUCCUUCUGAGUUCUGGAAGGGGAAACAAGCACAGGCCUCACUGGACUCGCUGCCGCCCGCCCGCCCGGCCGUCCGGCCGGGAUUUCGCCGCCUCUCGCCAAGCAUAGAAGCGGUGCCCUAGUUCCAGACAUUUGGGGGAAAACGAGGAUGAUGGCAGGAAUUCAUCACAUGGAGCAACUUGGAUUUGGCGAUACGCAGCACUUUGAGCUCCUGCCACUGGGAACAGGUGUUGUUUCUCAGGAAGAAUGCUCGUCAUCUGACCCUGAAACUAACUGUGAUUUGGAGCAGGAUUUGCAGCAUAUUCACAACAGUUACAAUGCUUUGCAAGAAAUGGUUGACAUAGGAAUGCCGGUUGUGCUAAAUCCUGAGGUUCUAAUGUGCGGCACAAAUUUGCAUGUGGAGCCUCAACUAACUUUUUCAUCGGAUGGGUUGAAGAUUGAAUAUGUGGAUUCAGAUUCAGGUCAAGAUCUAUUUUGGGAAAUUUCUGACAUCAUUUCGAUCGAUUCUAAAUGGAUUCAGAUGGUUCAAUCUGCCUUGAUAACUCUCCAUGUUAGAUCCAGUGCAGAGACGGUAAAUUCAGGUCCUGUUAAAGUAGAAUUUUGUCUUGCUGAUCCACAAUGGGAGUGGAAACAACAAAAGAUUUGGCAACUUGAUUCAAGAUAUCAGGAAGCCUGGAAGAACAUUGAAUCAGAUGAUUUUGCAUCACAAAAUUGGAGCACUGAUCCCAGUUUAUGUUUCCCUGAGCAAUAUUUUUGUGGCAUUGGUGACUUUGAAGAAUUUACCUAUCCUAAAGGAGACCGUGAGGCUGUUUCCAUCAGCAGCAGAGAUGUUGAGCUGCUUCUUCCUGAAAUAUUCGUCAAUGAUACAAUAAUUGACUUCUAUAUCAAACACUUGAGCACAAGAAUUGAACCCACUGAAAGGAGUAGGUACCACUUCUUCAAUAGCUUCUUUUUUCGCAAGCUGGCAGAUCUUGACAAAGAUCAAGAGAAAGCUCCAAAAGGUAGAGAAGCAUUUUUAUGUGUCCGUAAGUGGACCCGCAAAAUAGACAUAUUUGCUAAAGACUUUCUGUUUAUUCCAGUGAACUUCAGCUUGCAUUGGAGCUUACUUGUUAUUUGUUAUCCUGGAGAAGUGGACACAUUUAAUAAAGAUGGCGAUGCAAGGGUUGCUGGUAAACUUCCAUGUAUAAUGCAUAUGAAUUCUAUAAAGGGAACUCAUAGUGGACUAAAGGACGUUAUUCAAAGUUAUUUAUGGGAAGAAUGGAAGGAAAGGCAUCCGGAAUCAGCGUCAGAUAGUUCAGACAAGUUCUUGAACCUGAGAUUUCUCUCCCUCGAGCUCCCCCAGCAAGACAAUUUAUUUGAUUGCGGUUUGUUCUUACUCCAUUAUGUGGAACGUUUCCUCACGGAUGCUCCCAGUUUCUUCAACCCAAUGAAGAUCGAUGUAUUUUCAAGCUUUCUUGGCGAUGAUUGGUUUGUACCUGCUGAAGCAUCUCUGAAGCGUUCAGUGAUUCGGAAGUUAAUCCAUGAGUUGGUGACAGAACCUUCUAAAACCUAUCCAAAAUUAGUUUGUGGUGAUGAGAAGCAUGACAUAAGUCAUCAUAAAAGUGAAAAGGCCAUGGUAGAACCUCCUAGAGAGUACCUCGCGCAGGGACAUUGUGCUGCUGAACCUGAUUCAGUUUGCAGAAUUCUUGGAGCACAUCAACAAUCCAAACUAAUCUGCUUUAACAAUUCUGAAAAGGGGCUAUCUGUUCCUGGGUGCAUUUUUGAGACCGAAGGGUUUUCAGUGGUAGGUCAACAAGAGAUGCAGGUGUGUCCAUCGGACGAUGAUGUUGUUGUUUGUUCACCAAGCCAGGAUGCAAAGAACGACAUAUGUGAUCUUUCUGAAGACACACGUUCUGUCAUGAUAGAUGAUAUGAACAACAGCGUUGCUGAAUGUUCUUCAGAAAGGAGUACUUUGGAAGCUCUGGAUCCUGGUUCAGUGGAAGAUGGUACCAAAGCUGAGAAGACUACCAAAACCGCAGGUACUAUCAAUGACAGUGAGCAGUACGUUUCAUCAGAGUCAAGAGAUGGAAACAGUGGUAGUAUCAUGAGCAGUGGCAGUGCAGUUUCCUGUGGGUUGAAAGAGGAAAAUGUUGCAUGUGGCAGGACAAAUGGAACCAGCGAACCUCAUGCAGAUGGUGAAGAUACUUGCCAGAAAUUAGCAACAGGUGAUGUAGCUCCUUGUGAAGAUGACACAACUUGCACCAAUGCUGAGAUUCAACAUGUUAACGGCAUCAGCACCUCCAGUGCGAAGGAUGAAACAUAUUCUGAGAAGGCAACAUCUAAUGCUGAAAGACCUCUGCUUGGUAGCACCUUUGAAGAUAAGAGUAUACUAGUUUCUGAUGACAUGUGCUUGCUGAAAGGUGUUCAGUUUACUGACAUCAAAGGUAGCACAAAGGAGGAAACUAGCACAAUAUCAGAUAAGGUCAAUGACAGCACACAGGAUGCUUCAUCUGAGUCCAGAAAUGGAAACACCGACAAUAAUAUUGCAGUUGAAAGUACUCAAGGAACUGAUGCAGAUGGCCAUGCAUUGGUGGCUUUUCCCUGUGAAGUUGGCAUUGAUGCUGAGAUGCCUCCACAUGUUGAUGUCACCUGCAGUUCAAAGGACGAGAACAAGUCAACCUCUGAUAGCGUUUGCGAGGCUAAGAAUAUGAAAGUCUCUGAGGAUUUUCGUUCAACAUCGGAAGAUGAUAUCAUAGAAGGUAGCACCAAGAAGGAAACUGACACAGCUGCGGAUAAGAUGAAUGGAGUUGGCAGUGGCAGUGAGAAGCAUGAUGUUUCGUCUGAGGCAAACAAUGAAAUAUGUUGUGUGGGUGCUAAAAGACCGUUUCCUGAUGGCAGCACCUGCGAGGCUAAGAGGAUGCAAGCCUGUGAGGAUUUCCGGUCAACAUCAGAAGAGGAUAUCAUAGAAGGUAGCGCAAAGGAGGAAACGGAUACAGCUGCGGGCAAGCUGAAUGGUAGUGAGCAGGAUGCCUCACAUGAUUCAGAAGAUGGAAACACUGACUGGGCUGGCAGUGAUAGUGAGCAUGAUGCUACGUCCAAGGCGAAAACUGAAAAAUGUUGCAUGGGUGCUAAAAGAUCGUUUUCUGAUAGCAGCAUCCACGAGGCCAUGGAGAUGGUGACAUUUGACAAGAAGUUCUGGAAAGUCCACUCCGAGCGUGUGGGUGGAAGAUUUGGGCGGUGGUACAAGCGGCGCAUAGUUUGGAAGCGGCGGAAGGUGAUUUCCCGGACACCUCCAUCGUCGCCGGAAUCUGCGUCUUUGUAUUGGCCAUGUAGAUAAGCUGCAUUUGUUGACCCAAGGCCCAAAGAGUCCCUUAACCCUUAGCAAUAUGAAAUCCUGAUGUCUGGCUGCCUGACUAAAUCUGGCAGUGUUUUGCGCAUGCCUGAAUUUAAGUAGCGGUGUAAAGUGAGGUUGGAUGGGUCCCUGACUGGAGGGAGAUUAGGUUGUUUCGUCUGUGUUUACUUGUUCUCUAUAUAUGUGUCCAGUAGGUGGAUGAUGAUUCAUCUGGUUCA